AUGGACAUGGAGCUGGUGAUAAGCUCCCCGCCAGUGAGCAUGUCCGUGACGGUGGAAGGCCUGAAGCACACCUUAACCGUGCACGAGGCGGCCUUGAAGCGAAUACCCUACUUCAAGGAGUCUUCGUGGUGUGCUGGGAAGAAGGACUUGGACAUUACUCUUCCAGCUGGGACUGGAAUUGAAGCGAUGAGGUGCUUGCUCGCUCGAUGCUAUGGGCUUCAGUUGCCCAGGCCGCCGGUCACGCUUGCAUGCCAGAUGCUCUUGCUGUCGGAGUUCUUUCUGAUGCAUGAAGACCGAGUUGCAAUUCUGGACCUCUUGAAGAGCACUCUUGUAAGCCCAAAGGACCUUGAUGAGGCCUGCGAGUUUUUCAAGGAGAAAGAGGUGCCUCAAGCUUUGCAGCACAUUCUGAGGAAAGCUGCUUCUUCUGUGGACUCCUUGGUGGUAGAUGUUGCGCACUGGGGCGAGGCGUCUGUGAAAGCCAUGCUCCAGACUUGCGUGGAUAGCAUCUCAACAAUUCCUGAGGACCUUGACCCGGAGAAGCCGAAGAAGCCCUCAUGUGCUUCAAGCCUCUACUAUGAGAGCAAUGGUCACCAAAAGGGUUGGGCUGACUUGCCUCCCGAGGAGAAGACGAAGUGGGAACGCGAAGUGGAGAUGCUGCAGAAAAGCUUCCAGGAUCGCGAGAAGUCUUGGCAAGAGCGUCGACAGAUUCAAGCCAAGCACCUUGAGAAAGUGCUGGAGUUCUUUGAUCGCCGAAUUUCUCGAGGCUUGGUGAAGACCGAUAUUGCCAUCUUGCUGAGCAUGCUGGCAGGUUCUCCGCCAAGCAGGCUUCGAGCCUACUUUCUACGGGACGAGACAGUGAAAACAGGCAAACCUUCCUCCCCUGCAAACGCGGAUGAGGAGUACCAAUGGAAGUAUUGGAACUACUCGCUGCAGCCUGGUUUCGAGUCUUUGGGCGCCGUGGCAUCUGCCAUGAUUAAGGCUUGCCCGGACUUUUGGGCUGUCUUUGUCUUUGAUCUUGUAGCAGGCCUUCCAACUUCAGCGAAGGCUCAUAGCCGCAAGAAUCAUGAUGGGAGCUUCACAUUUACCACUGUUGGUGUUACACUCGACGGCGGCUUCUGGCAGCGCUUGGACAAGAUGCUGGAAGCUGUGUUGGACCUUGGGGUGCGCCUGUUGAAAGAAGGCACGUUGCAGCCUGUUCAGCUGAUCACCGGUUUGGGAGCGCUUAUCUUCUCGAUUGAGGGCUAUGAGUAUGAUGGCGUGGUGCCCUUCUGGUUAGGGUCUGCAUUCGGGAGGGUUGCAGCUGCGCUGGAUCUUGAUGCCAGGGCACUCCUUCUUGACUCCCUGCUUGGUGCGCAGCUUCCUCAGUCUGUCGAGACAUGCUGGGCACAGACAACUCAGAACAGCAUGCAUCCGCCCUCAGAGUUGCCACGCUUGAGUACUUUACGCAGGUCCAUACCAUUGAAGGACAGAGCGCCAGUGAUAGAGCAGCUGAUGCAAGAAGUGGAAGUGUUUGCGCUUUUCGCGGAUGCAGGAAAAGAGCAAAUCUGCCAUCUCCUGAUGCAAGGGCACGAUGAUCACGACUCAUUUCUCUUUUGGGCCUCUUCUAGCAUGCUACAAGCUAUGAGUUUGGAGCUGCAAGUUUCAUGUAUCAACUGGCUUGGCGCCCAUGUCAUUGACCUAGUUCGGAACGAUCAUUUGGACAAGAUCGAUGAAUGGCUUGAUGCGUUCAAAGACUCACCGAAACUGCUGCAGUCGGUAGCUGUGCUCUUGAUGCCAAUCUUCCCGCACAUCUUUGCCGCCGAUGAGUCUUGGUAUGCCUAUCUUCAUGAGCUCGCAUACCCCGACAUCGCAGCAGAGUCGGGAGCUGUGGCAUCGACCCAAGAAGAAGUGCAGCGGUCUGCAGCAGAAUCCACGGAGCCCACCCAAGCGCAGGUGCCGGCGUUCAGGUUCCCGUAUCGGUUGCUCCUGGUUGCCACCGCGCCGCUUCUGUGGGUUAUGCUGGAUUUGGCUGUUGAGAACAUCCUCUUCAUGAAGCUGGGCCAGUGGUGGCUGUUCUGGCUCAUUUCCGGGCUUGGCUGGUGGAUGGGAUCUUUUCCCACCUUCUUUGCGUCCUUCCUCUAUGCCGCGCGUUGCAUGCGUCAGCCACGUAGGUAUCGCGUGCUGGAUUGGCUGGCGAACUUGCUCGUCAUCUCUACCAUCCUGCCUGUGUUCUUGCUUACGUUUGGUGUGGUUGUGGUUCUCGUCUUCUUCACGCCGCUGUCCGAAUGGCAAGUCCUUUGGUGUUCCAUAUCGCGUAAUGCUGGUUCCGAUGUCAAGGUCAACAAGGAGCAGGAGCAGGAGCAGGAGCAGGAGCAGGAGCAGGAGCAGGAGCAGGAGCAGGAGCAGGAGCAGGAGCAGGAGCAGGAGCAGGAGCAGGAGCAGGCAGGAGCAGGAGCAGGAGCAGAGGAGCAGGAGCAGGAGCAGGAGGAGGAGGAGGAGGAGGAGGAGGAGGAGGAGGAGGAGGCGAACGGAGACAUGGGCAGUGCUUGCUGCAACCAUAGGAUUUGUGUUCACCUGCAGCUCACAACGGAGGAGUUCGUGCACAUCGUCUACAGGGCCUGGCGUUCCGACACGAUCCCCAGCAGUGAGCCCAACCUGAGGCACUGGGAUCCCAAGCAUGGGCCCAAUCUCUAUGAUGUGAACACUUAUGUGGUGAAGCCGAUGACGCUGGCAGCCGGAGGUGUCUCCUAUGCCUUGAUGAAGCAUCCUGAAGGUUUGGACUGCGAGGUCUUUGUCUCUCAUUCUUGGCAGGGGGGUAUCUUCCACCUAAGCUCCGGAAUCCGCCUGGCGUGGCCUCAGCUGUAUCGACUUCAGAACCUCUACUGCUGCCUCUUGUCCAACCCACAAAACUUGGAUUUGGAUGAAUUCAUUGGCGGGCGGUUGAGCGAGAGUGCCUUUGCCUUGGCGUUGCAGAAGGCGUCGCACUUACUGGUCGUCCCGAAUCCUUCUGUCGGGGUAUACUCAAGGCUCUGGUGUGUAUUCGAGGCUUAUCUUGGAGCCAAAUGGAACAAAAUCUAUCUGUUACCCGUGGUGCCAGAUCAAAAGGAGACCGGCAAAUAUUGGUUCAGGACAGUUGGCGUGCCCAUGUGUGGCGCAUUUGUAGCGGGAGCUCCAGUGACGCUGGUUCUUGAGCAUGUCACUGGUGGACGUACGGGCCUGUACAGCCGGCUGGAGUUGGCAUACCGAGUACUUUCCUUGGUGGUUCUCUUGAUGGUUCUGCCUUAUCGGCGCCACCCCCGGUCCUUACAGAUGAUGCGUUGGUUAACUUCCAUGGGCUGUGCCUUCUUCCUUCUGGAUGUAUAUUGGGGGUAUCUCUCGAUAGCAGAGCUUGGUGACAACUGGAUCUGUGUGUUCUUUCACUAUGGCUGGCUCUCGAACCUGGUUCCCAUGAAUGCCUUGGUCAGCGUUUGGCUUGUGAUCUUAAAGUGCGAGAAGGCAGCGUUCGAUCAGCAGAAGGAGAUGAUGCAAUUCGAUUCCCUGGGUGACGCACAUUGCUCGAGUGCCACGGAUGAGCAGCGAAUUAGAGAAGCCAUCGCCGGCUCCGAGAAUGAAGUGGAGACUGUGAUCGGUGUCCUUCUGGCUGCAGGUGCCUACACAGACAACUUGCGCUGCGCUUGGGACAACGGCUUGGACAUUGAGAUGGACGGCACGACUGACGUGAGGACUGGGGUCUUCUUCUCGAUGUUUGCUUGGUCCGUGUCUGCCAUGGACCUGCUAUCAGAUACCUUUGUCGGCCACACGUCUCACCACCACUACUUCACGCUCCUCUGCAUCCUGUACUCCGUCACUGUGCUGGUCAUCCCCCUGUCGGUAUGGCAGCUUGAGAAGCAAGGGCCCGAUUUCGCGGUCUUCGCCUUGAACGCCUGGGGCCUCUGCGGCAUGUUCUCCUUGCAGAUGCCCAUUCUUCUCUGCCACCUUCAAGGGUACGAUGAGGUAGAAAAUGUGCCAUUGCUGGAUUAUUUCAACCAGACCAGCCUCUCCGCUGUUAGUCCGACCUGGGUCGAAAGCGAAGGACUCAGCAGCCGGAUUAGCUGCACUGUCCUCGUCAGCCGCUGUCUUUGCAUGAUCUUUGCCUGGGCUAUUGUCUGGAUCGGCAUCGAGCGUUGGACCCGCCUCCGAAUCUGGCUCAGCCGAAGUGGCCCAGAGGAGUGCAGCGUGUCAAUACUGACUGCGGACAGCGACGACAGCGACUGCUUCGGGGACUGA